AUCAGUCACACUGUUUAAACUAUAGUCAGACCAGCAAACUGGUCAGAGAAACUUUAUACUGCAGCACAAAGCCCAAUCAGUUUGAAAAAUGAGCAACAGAUCUCUUCUUGUAAAUGUGGAAAACUGGAUUGCAGAGAACAAUAAUGCGUUUUUGCCACCAGUGUGCAACAAGCUCAUGCACUUUUCCCAGUUGAAUAUCAUGUUUGUUGGAGGUCCUAAUACCAGGAAGGAUUAUCACAUAGAGGAAGGGGAGGAGCUGUUCUACCAGGUGAAGGGGGACAUGUGUCUGAAGUUGAUAGAAAAUGGCAAACACAAGGAUGUGCACAUCAAGGAGGGAGAGAUGUUCCUGCUGCCAGCUCGGAUCCCCCACUCCCCCCAGAGACAGGCCAACACUGUGGGACUGGUGGUGGAGAGGAGACGGCUGCUGACUGAGACUGACUGCCUGAGGUACUACGUGGACAACACCACUGACACCCUAUUCGAGAAAUGGUUUUACUGUCACGAUCUCGGAACCCAGCUGGUGCCAAUAAUCAAAGAAUUCAUGGCAUCAAAGCAGGGCAAAACAGGAAGGCCUGAUCCAAAUGAAGUCUUCAGAGAACCUCCGUUCCAGAUGAACACCCUGAACGUGAUGCUACCCUUCUCCUUUAAAGACUGGCUGGACAAACAGAGGCCGUCCCUGGCCAGCGGCAGGCCCAUCGACAUGUUCGGAGCUCAGUUUGAGACAGAGGCAAUGGUGUUUGGACCUGGGAAGACAGAGACAACAGUGCGGCAAAGUGAUGUGUGGAUUUGGCAACUGGAGGGAUCCUCAAGAGUUACUAUGAACGAGCAGGAGUUCACUCUUUCUGCAGGAGACAGUUUACUCAUUCCUGAACACAACCAGUACCUGUGGCAGAGAGACGAGGGGACUGUUGCCCUGUUUGUGGUCCAAAACCCUGAGCGGAAGAGACCCUGACCAUCACGUGCCAAGUCACACACACAUUAAAUAUAUAGUGUUUUGUAUACGUAGGGAGGAGAACUCAAUGUAAGGAAAUUACAUACAGUAAGUAAAUGAAAACACUCACUUCUGCUGCUGCUGUUAAUGAAAGUGAACAUUGACCGAUUACAGUACUAAUAAACACCUUAAGCUAUUGACAUUGAAACUGUAAAUUGCACUUUGUCAUAGUUAUAUACCAUACCAUUGCAUGUAAAUAUAUCUUUACUCAUGAGAGAAAUCCAAUAAAUAAAUCUGUGAUUAUUUAUCUAAUCACACAUUUUCCCAAUUACUACAUUUUUGUCCUCUACUGCAGUGGGUAGGCGUUCUUUCCCUCCAUUUUACAAAGGAACUGUGUCAAAUCUCAGUACGAUUACCUCAUGAACUGAUACGUUACGUAGAUUUUUUCUGGAAAUAAAACAGUAGAGAAGAAAAUCACUCUCUAGAAUGUUAACAAUUCCACACUGCAUUGGAAUGCCUAGUCUAAGAACCCUAUUGGCUAAAGGACACAAGUUUCAACAAGUUUUAUGAACAAUCACCAUGUUGUUAAAUGAUAUUUAUGCAUUGCAUGCCAAGUUCAGAUAACCAGGUUCUUAUUUACUCUCACCAUGUAAUAUUUUUCCAAAGAAACCCAGAACUGACUGGGCAUGCUCUUCGAGCGGAUUUGUCUGUUCGAUGUGCUUGGAUGUAUUUUUCCACUGAAAUAUAAAACUGUCUUCCAGUAAUGGGUUCAGCUCCAUUGACUAAACAUAAGGCUUGUUGUAGAAAAGAAACAACAACUGCAAAAACACAUGGAUCACAUAUCAAUGUUUGCUAUUUGUAUGAUCGUGGACAGUAUAAUCAGUUUUUGUGAAUAUAAACUGUAUUUAUCAGUGCAUUAAACUGACUACAAACUGGGA